GAAUUUUGCCGGUGUGGGGUGUUUAACCGCCAUUAAAACCGAAAUGUCCUGCAUGGAGAAACCGCACACCUUUCUCAGCCAGCUCAAGGACCACGACCUGAUCUCAGAGGACAAAUACAACGUAGAAGUUGUAUAAGAUAACUCUUCCAGUAACCUAUGUAUCGACUACGUCAGCAACCAGAAAGUGAGUAGCAUGAAAAAUAAAGAGAACAUGAAGAAAGGUCUUUAUGAAAUUCUGGACUGCUUGGAGAGAAAACAAUCGCAGCGCAUCAAGACGUUCUGGACUUGCGUCUUCAAGGAGACCAUCAUGAACCAGUACCCCACCCUGCGGCUUCUGCGCAAUAGUCUCCUGGACGGGUCUUUCCAUUUUGAAGUGCCAGAGAGCGUGGAGAAGGCAGAUGAAGGGAAAAGAAAGGAGCUCUCAGAAGAUGAGGAGGAGGAGGAGGAGGAGGGAGAGAAGAAGCAGGAAAACUCGGUGAAAAAGAAGAGAAAACUAAGAAGUAGCAGUUUGUGCGAUAACGAUGAGGAGGAGCAGCCAGGUCCAUCAUCUCAGUUCACUCCAAGGAAAAAAUCCAAGGAACUAUGCUUCUCCUCUCCCCCGAAGAAGGGAGAGAAGACUGACAUUUGGAACUGGCCCCUCUAUAAGCUCCAGCUGCCUGUGACCUGUGGCGACCAGGCCGGGACGCUGAACAGACACAGACUGGCUCAAGGGGACGAGUGCAUUGUAGUUGAGAAAAAGUGGUUUACUCCCAAUGAAUUUGAGAGGUUUGCUGGAAAGCAGAGCUAUAAGAACUGGAAGUUGAGCAUUCGAUGUAUGGACACCCCCCUGGGAAAGCUAAUACAGGAAGGUCACCUGAAAGCAGGGAAGUACAAAGGAGGGCGUAAAAAGGCCAAGCAGCCCCUGUUCCCAUCGGAUCAUUUAUCAGUGUCUGAGAGUGCAGAAGAAGAAGAAGAGGAGGACUGUGACCGGGACAUGGAACAACAGGUUUCAUCAAGCAGCAGAGAAAGUUUCACAGAUGUGACAGAUGAAGUGGGAGAGCUGGAGGAGCAGACUGAGCAGCAGCCAGGAGCCAGCAGUGACAGUGGCAGGAAGGUGUUCAAAGUUACAUGUGGAGCUUUAGCAGGGACCUUACACAUAAAACGAUUUGCGUCAGGGACUUGUGGGAAGAGUAUUCGCACUGAGACAAGUUGGAUGACCCCGGUGGAGUUUUGGAAGAAGGCAUCAUCAUCAUGUCAGUUAAAUGGCAGCUGGAGGAAAGACAUCAAGUGGGAAGGGAAACCAAUCAACGCCCUCUUAGAGGCAAAAAUCUUGACGCUCCACUCACUGCUGUGCAUCUGCAAACUGUGCAAACCAGAUUCUAAAGACCUGGAGAAUCAGAAAAACAAUGAGUGCUGCAUCUGUAAAACUGAAGAAGAAGAAGAGUUGGUGGUGUGUGAUUACUGCCCCCGCUCCUUCCACCAGAAAUGUCACCUGCCUCAUCUAAAAGACGCCAUGUUACGGGACCAUAGCCCAUGGAUGUGUACGUUCUGUGUAUUUGGAAACUCCAAAACGUGGCUUUAUGUGGAUGAGCUGGAAAGAGAAGCAGCCAUGUCUCGCCGAAUAUCCCAUUGCGUGAUGCAAUGCCAGUAUCUCCUUCUGUAUCUGCACGAGGUUGACGAGGAACAAAUAUUUGCUACAAACCCAUGCCUCUAUUUGACAGACUACUCCGCUAAGAUCAAGACUCCCAUGUGGCUGGGUAAUGUAGCAGACAAACUUCAGAAGCGACUCUACCAGACCGUCGGAGAGUUUGUGUCCGACAUCCGGCUCAUUUUCACCAACUGUGCUUCAUACAACCGAGACAAAGCGGAAUUCCUUGCCAUGGGCAACACACUGAAGAAUUUAUUUAACAGAGAAUUUAACAAUGUCUUCAACAUCAAAGAAGGGACUGUUGAAUGAAAUAAGGGGAUCCUUUUUUACACUCAAGUGUUAUAUUGUGUGGGUAUAGAUUUGCACCGUAAUGUUUUUAUUUUUAAUCUUUUGGAUGUGUGUGUGUGUAACAAGCAUAUCUGUGCAUAAGUCUAAAAUAACAAAAAAAUGCGCUAUUGACUUUAGACCAGGUUUUUGUUGGUCAAUGGUGCGAUCACUUUCUGUUGCCUCAAGAUAGCAAUAUUCCAAGAGUGCACCUGAACACACCUCCCCGUAAGACCAGCACCCCCAUGCAAUUGCUAUUCAAACGGACGUCGGUGCUGGCUAAUGCACUAAGCAAAACGUGUCGAAUGGUGAUAAACUGCGCAAGAGGCAAGACAACAAACCUAUUUUGCAUCUUAAAAACUGCCACAAGCCACUUUAC